AUGGCAAUAAAAGAAUAUUCUAAAUUAAAGGUAGCCGAACUUCGUGAAGAAUUGUCUAAAAGAGGAAUUAAAGCAACAGGAACAAAGAGCGAAAUGAUAGCGACUUUACGAUUGAAUAAUGAAUCUAAAAUUUCUUCAUGUAUAUCUGGACCUGAAAAUCCUUCUACAAAUAUCAAUACUGUGGAAAGUAAUAAUACUAAGGAUGAUUUGCCCCAAUUGCAAAUCGAAACAGACGAAAAACCUAUUAAUAAUGAAAGUGAUAAUUCAGAAGUUGCUCUAACCGAACCUUUACCUUCCUUUAAUGCUACGGUCGAUCUUAUUGUGGAUGAAACAGAACCUCAGAAAAGUAUAUUAGAAGAUAAGACAAAGGAGGUUCUUGCCGAGUUAAAAAAACGUUUAGAACGCAGUAGAAGAUUUGAAAAAAACAAUACUGAAGAAAUUGAGAAGUCAAUUGCUCGUAUUGAGAAAUUUGGUCUAGUCAGUACACAUCAUGCAAAUGUCAUUUUGGGAAUAAAAGGGCCUAAAAGAAAUCACACACACAGAGGAUCUCAUCCACAACGACGGAAUUUUCAAAGAAACAGCGGGAGGGUUCAUAAGAAUUAUAACAGCAAAACAGAAUAA